CACGGGGACCCCCGGGGGAAAACGGGACCGGAGUUGGGCUCAGAACCGGGACCGAGCGUAACCCCGGGGUGCUGCCGCGCUGCCCUCGGGGCGGAGCGGUCCCCUCCAGCCCCAGCCUUGCGGCCCCGCUGCCCCCGCUCCCCCACCCGGAGGAAUUUCCCUCCCGUCCCGCAGCUCCGCCCGCCUCACUCGUGGGGGUGGACGCCUCUGGGGUUCUCGGCACCGCCUGCAGCUGCCAAACAGCCGAGCUCUCCACUCCCUGUGCCGCUGCCAUGUCCCGCAGCCCACCAGCAGCCGAGGACCAGACCUUCCUCCUGGAGUACCGCUGCCACCCACUGAGAUCCGGACCCCCUGCACCAACCUCCCCUCCAGGCAAGCGCAAUCCUGACUCCGCCAUGAGCUGCUUCCCCAUGGCUGAGCCGCGCCGCAUCGUGCUGAGCACCGACAGCCCGGCUGCGCUGAAGGUGGGCACGCAGCAGCUGAUCCCCCGGAGCCUGGCGGUCUCCACCAAGACCAAGAACCCCACGCGGAACCCCAGCACUGGAUCCAUCCCUGAUGCUGCGUGCUUGGGGCAGAAGCGAACGUCCGUCCCCAGCAUCACACUGCAGGAGGACACGGAGGAGGAUGGAGGAGGGAUGCUCAAACGCAACCUGAGGAGCAUGUCGUACCGUGCAGCCAUGAAGGGCACGGGCACAGAGAUGGAGCCUGUGAGCACCGUGCCUACUCUGAAACCACUGCUGGAGGAGGGGAGCGCUCCGCCUGCCCGCAGCCCUGGCAGAAGCAAGAAAAACCUCGGGCGGAAGCGGGUGCAGAAGCACGGCGGCUCAUUCAAGGACCAGCCACAGCUGUACCAGGAAAUCCGUGAGAGGGGGCUGAACUCAGUCAGCCAUGAGUCGGAUGAGGAUUUGCUGGAGGAGCCCAACCCUGAGGAGCCAUCCCUGCCUGGUGCUGCCAUCGUGGUGCGGAGCUAUCGGCCCGCACAGGUCACCUGGAGCCAGCUCCCAGAGGUGCUGGAGGCGGACUUGCUGAAGGCCAUAAAGCCUGAGGAGCGCAAGAGGCAGGAGGCGAUGUUUGAGAUCAUCACAUCAGAGUUCUCCUACAUGCACAGCCUGAGUGUGCUGGUGGGCUGCUUCAAGAAGUCGGAGGAGCUGAAGGAGACCAUGACCCAGACAGAGCACCACCACCUCUUCUCCAACAUCAGCGACAUCCUGGCUGUCAGCACCAACUUCUUCCAAGCCCUAGAGAAGCGACACCAGGAGAACGUCCUCAUCCCCGACAUCAGUGACAUUGUGGAGGAGCACGCCUCCAAGCACUUCAACCCCUACAUCAGUUACUGCUCCAACGAAGUCUACCAGCAGAGGACACUGCAGAGGCUGCUAAACACAAACCCCUUAUUUAAAGAGGCCUUGAAACAAAUUGAAAGGAAACCAGAAUGUGGAGGGCUGCCACUGAUAUCAUUUCUCAUUCUCCCUAUGCAGAGAGUAACGCGGCUUCCUCUGCUGUUAGAUACAGUCUGUCAAAAAACACAAGCAUGCACUGCAGCGUAUGGAGCUGCCACCAGAGCUCUGAAAGCCAUCAGCAAGCCUCAGAACUGCCAUGGAGGUGAGUGCACUACAAUUCUUACUUGUCUUAUUGGGGCCCUCGCCAGCAACACUUGUGCCAUCCUUCCUUUCAUCUACCCAUUCUCCCUUGUGUUUUUCCAGCUGGUUAAGAACUGCAACGAAGGAGCUCGUGCGAUGGAGAGGACAGAGCAGCUGUACACUCUGCAGAAGCAGCUGGAGUUCGGGAAGAAGAAGCCUUUUCCCCUGAUCUCUGCCUCCCGCUGGCUGCUGAAACGGGGUGAGCUCUACCUGCUCUCCUCUGAGGAAGGAGGAAUCUUCCGUAAGGGCUCCGGCAGGGUCUGCCACCUUUUCCUCUUCAAUGAUGUCCUGAUCAUCACCAAGAAGAAAAGUGAGGAGAGCUACACCGUCAUGAACUACGCCAUGCUGGACCAAAUCUCAGUGGAGAAGAUGGAGACCACAGAGCCUCCAUCCCCUCCUCCUGGCCGGCCAGGCGGGCACCUGCUGCGUGUGGCCAUGGAGAGGGACAGCGAGGGCCGGCGGGAGGAGGUGCUGCUGUCAGCAGAGACACUGAGUGACCGUGCACGCUGGGUCACUGCACUGAUGCACCGGGAGCGAGAGCAGCCUGACAGCACUCCCCGUGGAGACCUGAGCCAAGUGGAGAUAACCCGUGCCUACGUGGCCAAGCAGGCAGAUGAGAUUUCCCUGCAGCAGGCUGAUGUGAUGCUGCUGCUGGGCGAGGAGGAUGGCUGGUGCUGGGGUGAGCGGCUGCGGGACGGCGAGCGGGGCUGGUUCCCCCAGGCCUGUGCUCGACCCAUCACCAGCCGUGCGGCCGUGGAGUGCAACGUGCGGCGGAUGGAGCGGCUGCGGAUCGAGACGGAUGUGUAACAGCCAGGCCUGACCCCAUGGGAGCUCCCGAGCUCUGGAGACUGAGCCCUGCCAGGAGGCAGCAGGAGAGCCAUUCUUCCUGGGUUUGUUGGGCAGGGACUGGUUGUGGCAGCAGUGUUGAUGGCCGUUAAUUGACACGGGACCUGGCAUCCAGGUGCCUUUGGCCAAGCGUUAGGGCGUCCUGGCUCAGUGCAGAGCUGGCUUUCCCCUACAACUCAGCACCAAGGAGUGGUUGAGGGUCAGGGCAGGGAGUGGGGCUGUGACCGCUGAGCAGCUCAGGUCUGUUUGGAAUGGAAGGAGUGCUGGAGGCAAUGGGAAUGCUCAGGGCAGCACUGCUCUGAUGUCUCUUUGCAUCAAACUGCCAAAGGAUGAAGGAGACCAACAAUAAAUUCUCGGAUCCUAAUGAGACAAACGUCCUCCUUGCCCAAAGUGCAGCAGUGGGACCCCCACCAAGGAGCCAGGUGUUCCCACUGCUAACAGUCAGCAGGAAGCUCAUCUGACAGCUGUCUUUGCUGCUGGGUUGUGAUGGAUGUGGCUCAGGAGCCAUCCUUCAGAAGAGCUGCAGUGACAUUCACAGGUAACUAACUGAAGAGACAAGGCAAAAAGAAGUUCAAUGAGGCUGUCUGUUUAUUUCUAUCAACUGUGGAAGAAUGAGAACUGUGCUAAAUGGGUGUUAAAUUGAAGGAGACAAGAGGCUAAGAGAGAGACAAAUGCUACGUGAAAACAAGCAGCAAGGUGUAUUAAGAGACAAAACCAGUAAAAAACAACCAUGAUCUGAA